AUGGAGACCGUUUCAGACAUGGCAGCUGCACCCAACGCCUAUGCCCGCGCUACGGAAACGGCCAAAUACGUACGCUCACAAUUGCCAGAAGCACUGCAAUACCCCAAGGUAGCCAUCGUGUGUGGCUCUGGAUUAGGUGGACUUGCCGAGACGAUUGAAUCAGAGCCCAAGGUCGAAUUGGCUUAUGGAACGAUUCCCAACUUUCCAAAGAGUACCGUCGUAGGACAUGCUGGAAAGUUUGUGUUUGGGCAGAUUGGACCCCAGAAGACGCCUGUCGCGCUUCUUGUUGGACGAGCACAUUUCUAUGAGGGACAUUCGAUGGACCUGGUCACAUUCGCCACGCGAGUGUGCAAACUGCUCGGUGUCGAAACCAUGAUCGUCACAAACGCAGCUGGUGGUCUUAAUCAGACUUACCGCGUAGGAGACAUUGUUUGCUUGAACGAUCAUCUCAACAUGGCUGGACUUGUCGGCAUUCAUCCUCUGCGUGGCCCUAACAUCGAGGAGUUUGGCGUUCGUUUCCCACCUCUAUCAGAUGCCUAUGACCUCGACCUGAGGGUGCGGACGCACAAGGCCUGGGCAAAGCUAGGGCUGGAUAAGCAGCAACGAAAGCUACAUGAGGGUGUUUACGCAUUUGUAGCAGGACCAACUUAUGAGACUCGGGCAGAAUGCCGAAUGCUCAGUACGCUGGGGGCUGAUGUUGUGGGUAUGUCAACUGUACCCGAGAUCAUCGUCGCCAGACACGCUGGAAUGCGCAUUCUGGCAUUUAGUCUAGUGACAAACGUUGCUGUUCUCGAGGCAGGCGCCCACGGAAACGAUGCAGCAAUUCAGUCCAUGAAUAGGGCGGAACUGACCGAGCAUCUAAGUCAAGGGAAGGCAAACCACGAGGAGGUGCUGGAGGCCGGACGAGAGGCAGCCAAGGACAUGCAGGCUUUGGUCAAGCAGAUAUUGUCCGAUCUCCAUAGUCAGUAG